AUGGAGCAGUGUCUCCAUGGAUAAAGAUGCUAUCAAUUUUCCGUGACUGCUGUUAGUAAUUUGGAUGAAUCAGAUACGAAAAUAACCCCAUAUUUUCAUCAUAAAAAGAAUUUAUUGGGUGCUUUUAAAGAUAUGGUGAAAGUUAUCCAAAACGAAAAUACAAUUGAGUUAAAAAGACUUCUCUCAAUCCACCCAAACAUCGUCCAUAUGAGAGAUGGAAUUGCAGAUACACUAUUGAUGAUGACAGCAGAAUACACUGACAAUUCAUCAAUAGUGAACAUUUUCAUCGAAUAUGGAUGUGAUGUUUGGGCCAUGAAUAAUAAAUACAACUACAACGCUUAUCAUAUCGCAGCAUUGUAUAAUCAUCACAAAAUAUUAGACACGUUAUGUCGUCAUGAUGUAACAAACAUCAACCGUGGAGCUGGUGACAACUUGACACCAUUACAUCAUGCUGCAUAUCGUGGAAACAUCUCAUGUGUUGAUGUUUUGUUACGUCAUAAUAAUAUUGAUGUGGCGGUUAAAGAUAGACGGGGACUAACUGCGUAUGAUAUGGCUGGAAGUUUGAUGAAUAAACAAAAUCGUGACGAAAUAAGAAAGAUGAUUAAAGAUUACGAAAAGUCAAGAAAAGAAUCGAGAGAAUAAAUACUUAUUUCAAUUAAGUUAACAAGAAGUAUUUUUUAGAAGACACAGAUCAAACAUUCCAUUCUACUUAAUAACAAAAAUCAACAUUCAUCUGGCUCUUAAAUCUAUUUUACAAAGUUACUUUGACUAACAAUAUUCAUACUAGAGCUAAAUCAAACGUCUUAAAAAAAAAGUGAAAAUGUCAACGCAUUGAGAAACAAUUUUUGUUCGAAUGUGUGUCACCAUUCGAAAUGAAAUAUUUUAUUUAUAGAUAGACAAUGACACUUUCUAGACUGUCUGAGUUAUUAACACAUAGGUUUUUAAAAAAAAUAUUGAUAAUGAUUUUUACGUUAUAUUGUAUAUAUAGUGUUUUGUUUAAUAAACGAAACAAAUGAUA